AUGAGCGCUUCGCCUGCCCUGACCAGGGGCCCGGAUCUUGCGUUUCUGCGUCUGCUGCUACCCUCGCUGCUCUUCACCUCAGCCCUAUGGCCGGCAGCCCGUGCACGAAACGCCUCGUGUGGAGGCUUCUUGACGCAGUUCCGUGGCCAUUUCCAGUCGCCAAACUACCCGGAUCACUACGACGACUCUGCUGUGUGCCGCUGGUACAUAUUCGCACCAAAAGAGUUCGCCAUCCUCAUCGAGAAGCACACUAUCGACAUCGAGGACGAUGCCAGCCGGGCAGAUUGCCCCUACGAUUACUUGAGGUAUUCCUUUGGAAACUGGAAGAAAACCUUCUGCGGGAAAGGAGCGGUCGAGCCAAUUCUCCUGGACACAAACUUCGUCACAGUCGUUCUCAAAACGGAUGCAAGUAUGUCUGGAACAGGUUUCAACAUAUCAUACAGGUUCGUCCUUCCACCGUGCGUGCGAACGUACACCACUGGCGGAGGCCUGCUCGAGAUCCCCGAGGACAAGAGCAAGCGCAACAUGCUCAUUCGCCGACGGCGCUGGUGCUUUCGCAGUGCUCGGGGAAACAGCUACCAGUUCACCUUCGACUACUUCGACCUCGUCGGCGAGCCUCCAAAGUGCCGCCACAUGUACAUGAAGGUCCUGGAGAAGAACGAGGGUCAGGUGCGCAGCCAUUCAAGGAUGUGCGGCAAACUGAUCCCGGAGCCCGUGCACACACGCAGCAGUUCGGUGUCGCUGCUCUUUCUGAGCGACCGGCCGCUUGACAAGAACGGGCUGCACGUGAGCUGGAAGGUGUUCGGCUGCAACGAGGAACACCACGCGGCUGCCGGCAAGCUGCGGUUCCCUCGCGAGGGCGUCUACACCUCCUUCCCGGCAACCUGCCGCUGGACAGUGUACGCAAACAGCGACCAGACUGUCGAACUCACGGUCACCAGGCUGAACCUGCAGCGCUGCGACCUCGAAUAUCUGAGAAUUUUCGAAGGUGAGGGCGAGCGUCGCACGCUUCUGGACGACCUGUGCCGGCUGGACUCACCUGUGGUGAUUACGUCUACCCGCCGCAUCAUGACCCUUCAGUUGCGACUACAUGCUCUGCGCCGAGACGCCAUCGAGGCUGCUUACCAGAUGAGAGCCACAUCAUGCGGUGGCCUGUACGAAGCGAGCGAGGGUUCAAUCGUGUCACCAGCCGACUUGGCCGAGGCGGAAGGCGGCCUCACCUGUCUCUGGACAAUUCGCGUCAAGAGCAACUACCUGCCCCGUGUUGAGUUCAGAGAGUUCGCAUUCAGCGAGUCUGAAAAUUGCUCCUCCGGGUACAUUGAGGCCUACUUUGUGAACCAGGGCAGCCGCAUGCAGCUGAUGCCCCGGCGCUGUUCGGCCGAGCCUCCACCGCCCGUGGUGGGCAUCGACAACGAGGUGCGUGUCAAGCUACACGUCGAGCACCGCGACUCCCGCACGCGCUUCAGGCUCCGCUUUCGAUCAGUGUGCGAGACGGUGGUGAUCGCUAACCGGACCGGUGGUGUGUCGCAGUCCUUCGGCUUUCCCAAGCUGUACGAACACGAAUCCGAGUGCAGCUGGAAUGUGUACGCGCCAAAGGGAGAGCGACUGGCGUUGUUCGUGACCGACCUGCGGUUCAGCAAAAGCAAGUACUGCGCCACGAGUACGCUUACAGUGACGGACGGCACGCAGCCCACAUCGCCUGUGCUGGCCACGCUGAGCCGGCCCGAGCCCCGUGCCUUUCUUUCGAGCGAGGAUGCCUUGUCGCUGCGCAUCUGCGGCGGCGUCGUUAAGUUCGUUUACAUGUCCGUGCCCAGCGAGACAUGCAGCAAAGCGGAGCAGCCUGUCACGGAGCCGCCACGUCGCGAGGUCCCUGCCAAGUCAAAGGUUGCCGACACUGCAGUAGUGUGGGAAGAGAUUGACCAGACGCCAACUUGAGGACAAACCGCGUCUCCGGAUCUAUGCUGUCUCCGGACGUCGGGGCGGCUUGUUACAAAUGCACAACUCUACAGAUCGUUCUGGGACACGACAAAAAGGACGUAGCACG